CUCAGGAAUCGAACCCGUAUCUCCUGUGUCUCCUGCAUUGCAGACAUUUCAGUUAGGAGGUUUCUUGUAAACAGCACUUCCUUGAAGUCUACAACAGCUUCUGGAUAAGUAUAUAACUAUUGAUAUGGGGAAAAAAAACAGUUUAAUUUGGGAGUUAAGGCGAAAGUCAGCCAAUGUACGGGGCUAUGGAGAGUGAUGCAGCUCUGGGCCCUUCCCUCCCCCAACCUGGUAGGCUCUGUCCCUGCCCUCUUUCCCUCCAACCUCCAGUCUCCCUCACCCUGAGGCCAUGGGCACAGGUGACUGGGUCCAGUUUAAUUCAAUUCAGUUUUGUCUUGGUUGUGAUAUGACAGCCCAGUGAUGAAUCGUUCCCCCCAACAGGCAAUGACACAAGUGAACGGGGUCAGCCCUUUGUCCUGCCCAGCAGUGCUACGUGUCCUUCCUAAUUGGAGCUGGCCAUUAGGGUCACCCUCUACGCUGUGAUCUUUCUGAUGAGUGUUGGAGGAAAUGUGCUCAUCAUCGUGGUCCUGGGGCUGAGCCGCCGUCUGAGGACAGUCACCAAUGCCUUUCUGCUCUCACUGGCAGUCAGCGACCUCCUGCUGGCUGUGGCUUGCAUGCCCUUCACCCUCCUGCCCAAUCUCAUGGGCACAUUUAUCUUCGGCACAGUCGUCUGCAAGGCGGUUUCCUACUUCAUGGGGGUGUCUGUGAGUGUGUCCACGCUAAGCCUCGUGGCCAUCGCCCUGGAGCGGUACAGCGCCAUCUGCCGACCACUGCAGGCGCGCGUGUGGCAGACGCGCUCCCACGCGGCUCGUGUAAUCGUAGCCACGUGGAUGCUGUCCGGACUGCUCAUGGUGCCCUAUCCAGUGUACACUGCCGUGCAGCCAGCAGGGCCUCGUGUCUUGCAAUGCAUGCACCGGUGGCCCAGUGCGCGGGUUCGCCAAACCUGGUCGGUACUGCUGCUCCUGCUCUUGUUUUUCGUGCCUGGGGUGGUUAUGGCGGUGGCCUACGGGCUUAUCUCCCGUGAGCUCUACUUAGGGCUUCGCUUUGACGGUGACAGUGACAGCGAGAGCCAGAGCCGGGUCGGAAGUCAGGGAGGGCUGCCCGGUGGCACCGGACAAGGUCCUGCCCAGGCGAACGGACGUUGCCGGUCUGAGACCCGGCUGGCGGGUGAGGACGGCGACGGCUGUUAUGUGCAGCUUCCGCGCUCCCGGCCUGCACUGGAGAUGUCUGCGCUGACCGCGCCCACACCUGGCCCAGGAUCCGGCACCCGGCCUGCCCAGGCCAAGCUGCUGGCUAAGAAGCGCGUGGUGCGGAUGUUACUGGUGAUCGUUGUGCUUUUUUUCCUGUGUUGGUUGCCGGUGUACAGCGCCAACACGUGGCGCGCCUUCGACGGCCCCGGCGCACAUCGUGCACUUUCGGGUGCGCCCAUCUCCUUCAUUCACUUGCUAAGCUACGCCUCUGCCUGUGUCAACCCCCUGGUCUACUGCUUCAUGCACCGUCGCUUUCGCCAGGCCUGCCUUGACACCUGCACCCGCUGCUGUCCUCGGCCUCCGCGGGCUCGCCCCAGACCUCUGCCGGACGAGGACCCUCCCACUCCGUCCAUCGCCUCACUGUCCAGGCUGAGCUAUACCACCAUCAGCACGCUGGGGCCUGGCUGAGGGGUGGAGCGGGAGCGGGGCUGAGGCAGGACAGACGGAUUCCUACCAGCUCAGCCCCGUCCAAACACACAAGAGACGCAGCUGACACGAGAGACUGACUAACCCCAAUGGCCAGGAGAGGGUGGCUUACCUGACGCUAAGAAAACAAACCAGACCCUUACACAGAAAAGGAGGCACUCAGUGAGGGACUGAGCCUGGCACACAGAGCCAGGGCACUGACCUUGGACAGACCCAGCGUCCCUAGCCAUGGACUGUCUCCACACUGUGGAAACCGACAGGGGCUGACCUGCCUCUCACGCGUACAGCAGGAGCACUGAAUCUUUCAGGGCUCUGGAGCCUAGCACCGAAAUGACUCCUGAGAUGCUCCACUGUGCCCAUAGUUUGACCUCACAGUGCCCUUCCCCAAUCAGUGCUGCAAACACCAACCUGCCUAAUCUUACACUCCCCGGACCAAUGAGCUGUUUUGCACUAAGAAGUCCCUUCAUUCCUUUCCAGUUAAAUAAUCCCUCACCGGACUUUUUCAAGAAAUAAUAAAUGACUUGGUUUCCCCCUCAAUUUCCUUUUUGGACUUUUCUGGGGCACGUGAGGGGGCACGGGAUUUGGGAGACUUCUCUGUCAGGUCCCUCCCCCUGCUGCUCACUCCUGUGCAUGACCCCCUGCCAAAAAGCCCAUGUCUAAGUCUAGAUGAGGCUGUGUGAAUUCCCUUUAAGUGGUCAACCUGGACCCACCUCACACCACAGUCAUGAAGCUGGGAAUGAGGAUGGGGUGGGAUAUGCAUGACGCACCAUCAUUCCUAAGCACAUUGUCCUAAAGUGGUCCCCUUGUUAGGGUACUGUAUUAAUAGAUGCUUAUUAAAAUUUUAAUGAAAAAAGGAA